AUGCCGGUAAAUAUUGGUAUAUAUUUAUAUGACGAUGUGACUAGUCUAAUGAACACCUGCGACCGGAAAGGAACUAUGAGCUGCAUAUUUGAAUUUGGAUUUCCGAUCCGCUGAUUAGUUUAGCAAUCUCUUAUCCGUUCAUCUUCUGAUGCAGUAUUUGGCGGGAUUUUGGAUGUCGUUUCAAGUUUAGAACAAUAAUUGUGUUACAGAAAUUGAUAAUCAUACUCAUAUUUCCUUUAUGAUUUCAAACCGAUUGAUGGUUAAAUUAGGUAAAUGAGUUUCUUCUUCAGCAUUUGGUUCUUUUAGGCGUUUCGUCAAAUAGGUUUCGAAUGAAGGAGGUUUGUACUUGUUUGCGAGGUCGAGCGGUAGAGUUCCUGAUUCAAUCAGGACAGGAGCUUCAAGUUUCACCCAUCGUCAAAUACUCGGCACUUUCACUUUUCGCCGAUCGAUUCUACCCAUCUCUAAUUUCCAGAAAAGGAAUUAACGAUGCUGCUAAAACCUGGCUCUUACAGCUGCCUCUGAGAGAAAGCAAUUUGCAGCUAUUUGCUCUCGCAGCACUAUGGAUCUCAACCAAAAUACACGAUUCUCCUCCACUUCACGUCAAAUGUUUCAAGUCUUUAUCCGACAACACCAUUACAGAGCAGCAUUUUACAACAAAGGAUUUUCUAGAAGCUGAGUUAGUGUUAAUGCAGGUAUUGAAAUUUGAGAUUGGUAUGUUAAGAAGCAUUGCCUUCAGAUUCUUAGAAGAUCUAAUUACCAAAUUGAAGGAAGUUGCUAGAGUUGGAGAGCAAUUAAAACUUGAAGCUUGUAUGGAUAUUAUGGACUUACUCUAUGAAAAGGGGGAGAUUUCAUCUUUUAAUACUUCUCCCCGUCAUCUCGCCGCGUCUAUAAUGGUUGCUGCAUAUUUGAUCACAGUUCCAGUACAGAAGACUGAAUUCCCCAUUCUUCUAUGGGUUAAGUUUGUAACUUCGUGCAACGAGGAUGAUAUUCUGGACACUGUUAGAAACAUUCUAACUCAUGUGUUUGAAGCUUGAAAGUUGAAUCUGUAACUGU